GCGCAUCGUCCAAUCCCGUGCCAGGAGACUUCGGGCUCGUAAUUUUGAACAGACGGCGACCAGGAGCAGCCACCGAGCUGCUAACCUGGCAGCAACAAAUAUCCGAUCAGUUCUCCUCACAGUAAUGGCCGUUUCUACCUCUUGUCAUAUCGGAUGAAGGGAAAACUUUAGUGCUGUGUUUUUGUGCCACAAUAUGAGUUCUCAUGUUAUCACCCCUGGACCGUACCGGGCCACAAAACUGUGGAAUGAGGUGACUCGUUUGUUUCGGGCCGGUAUGCCCCUCAGGAAGCAUCGGCAGACCUUCCGGCACUACGCCUCCUGUUUCACCGCCUCCGCCGCUGUGGACUGGAUGCACCAGCUGCUCCGCAACAACAGCAAUUUUGGCCCUGAUGUCACUAGGCAGCAGACAGUGCAGCUCUUGAAGAAGUUCCUGAAGAACCAUGUGAUCGAAGAUGUGAAGGGUCGCUGGGGCACAGAGGAUCUGGAGGACAACAACGUGUUGUACAGAUUCCCCCAAACGUCUCCUCUGAAGCCCAUUCCCCGUCCUGCUGCCUCGGCUCCUGGCUCGGUUAAGAAAAGGCCUUCAUUCAAGGACAAGGACGGUUUCUUCAGGUUUAGGAAGAAGCAGCUUGAGAAGGAGACACUGGAAAAUGUAGAUCCUGCUCUCCAGGCAGGGGGAGAGAAGGAGCCGACGGGGGAGCAGCAGGCGCAGAGACGAGAGCUGACGGUGGAGGAUGAACAGGAGAUCUGGAGAGACAUCACUCUGACUCACCUGCAGAGGAUUCUGGGUGUUGCAUCUCUGGAUGAAGUUCUAGAACAACGCUCGGUAAACCCACAGAACAUCAUCCAUAAUAUGACCAAAGUCAACAAGCACGGUGUGGUCACACUGGACGACAAAACUGAUGACCUUCCACACUGGGUCUUGUCUGCUAUGAAGAGCCUGGCCAACUGGCCGAAGUACGACAGCGCCCAGCCGUCCUAUCCCGGCUUUGAGAGAGACGUCUUCAAAACGGUGUCUGAUUACUUCUACAGCCUCCCACAGCCACUACUCACAUACCAGCUGUAUGAGCUAUUUAUCAACGUGUUGGUGUUUUGUGGGUACGUUGCAGCGCCCACGGUGCACCAACGUGGGAAACGCAAGAAGCCUGACCUCCCCUCAGCUCCUCCUCCGGCCAAGACGUCUUUCCGCUCCACAGAGUGUCUCCUCCUGUCUCUGCUCAGACAGGGGACGUGCGACGAGGCGGAGUCGCCGAUGGGAGAGGUGCUCGGCGGGAAGCUGCGGUCGCGGCUAGCGGCGCUGAAAGGAGCCGGGGACGGUCAGUUAGGAGGCAGCUGUGUGAGUCUGAGCACAGUGGGUUUUACCAGGCCUCACACCAGGAGUUGCUCACUGGAAACCAUCCUAGAUGACUCCGCCUCUGUCACAAGGCAGCAGCUGUUCCUGUCCAAUGACAGCCUGGCAUCCUGCUCCUAUAGUAACAGGAGCCCUACAGACAGUCACACAGACUCUGUCCCCAAAGAAACCUCCUCUACUUGUGAAACCGCUGCAGGAGGUACGGCCAGAAAGAGACCGACAGGCGUGCAGAGGUCUCGCUCCAUGCGGCCGCACAGCGUGGGCAGCUGUCUGGACAUUGUGAUAGAAACCAGGGAGGAAGACGUGACGGAGUCCAAGCUGCAGAGCCGAGCAGCCAGCUGCCUGAACGUGAACGCUCCAGCAGAUCAGCAGCUCUCCUCCACAGCUUCACGCCCUGCUUCCUUAUCUUCCUAUCAUCCCUCGCUCUCCUCCUAUCAUCCUUUCUCCCAUUUCUCUUCAUCUGCUUGGGCCAAACUACAAGGGCCUCCCGCCGCCUCAGGACCCAGCGGGCCCAGACCCGCCUCCAGCAUCUCUAACCUGCGGACGCUCCCUGCGCCCGCUGUUGUCCGCCGCUGCCUCAGCUCUCUGGACGUGUCGAAGCUGUCUCGACCCGUUUCACUGUUCAAAGCGCCUGUCUCUGUGCCCACCAGCAUCCCCCAGCCCCCACAACCCAAACCUGAGCACAGCCUUCUCCAGCCCCAGUGUGAGCGUGUGGCCAUUGAGGCCUUGCAGCUCUGCACCCUCCUCCUUCCCCCCACCUCCCGCAGGAAGUUGCAGCUCCUGAUGAGGAUGAUGUCACGCAUCAGCCAGAACGUGGACAUGCCCCGCCUCCACCCCGCCAUCGGCACCCAAACACUGAUGGUUCACACGUUUUCCGGCUGUGUCCUGGGCAGCGCUGAGGAGUGUGAUCUGGACGAGCUGUUAGCUACCAGACUGGUGUCAUUUCUCAUGGACCACCAAGAAAGCAUCCUCUCGGUCCCAGAGUUCCUGCUCAGCGCUAUCGGCGACCAUAUACAGUACCUGCGCUCUGCACAGGUCCCAACAGAUGGUGUGUCUAACAUUGACGGCGGCGAUCCCGUCUGCGUCCCGAUGCCCAUCUACACUUUCUGCCGUCAGAUCAGCGGCGCCGAGUUUGAACAGCAAAAGCUGGAAUCUUCCCAGAAGGCCAUGGAGGAGCUGCUGGAGCUGCUGCUGAGCGACCAAAACAUGAGCGAGAAGGACCGACGCAAGAAACUGAAGCAGUUUCAGAAACAGUACCCAGACAUCUACAGCCGGCGGUUCCCCUCCUCAGACCGGGAACACAAGACUGACAACAAGCCAAAGAUUAAACCUCCACUCCUCAGCAUCAAGAAGACCAAAGCUUUCAGCAUCAGGAACUGAACCGUCACCGUUCUAGAGGCCACAGUCCUGCUGCUGCACUCAAACUGCACUGAAACUCAGAGAACACUUGUCUGUGCAGCCAUUCACCUUGUUUUUUGUUACUUUGGAAAUACUGUUAGUCCUGUUGUGUGUUGCAUUUAUGUAGUGAUGUGAGAGUUAAUGCAGACUGGAAGACUUCUACAAGGGUACAUGCAUAGUGUGUGUGUGUGUGCGUGCGUGCGUGCGUGUGUGUGUGUGUGUGUGUGUUAGAUGAAGGCAGGAAGACCAACAGUUGCUCCUUAUAUCAACUUUUUUAUCAAGCUUUUUUUGUAAACUUUUGAAUCUGUUUUGUUUUGGCCCUCUUUGUGGCUCAUACUGACGUGUGUGUGUGUGCACAAACAAACUUCAGAUUGCAUUUGGGAAAAAUGAUUUAGCAAUUCUAAGAUCACUGGUACAAAUGGGAAUAAUUAGGUGAUAGAUUUGUUAAUUUAUAUGAACGAAGACAUUGGGAGCAGAGCUAGACGUGUCUUUGCUCGUCACGUUAGACUUUAAAGACUUUACUUAACAUUUUAUAUCAGAAGUUUUAUUUGAUAUUAGUCUUAUUUCCUAUUUUUCUUUCUUG